CGAGGAUAUCCUCGACGUCCGCACCCGCAUUGCAGAGGUUCUUGCGGGUUGCCAGUCAGAAGUCAUCAUGGAAAAUGUUGGCGGUGUUGACUUCCAAGCAGCUAUCGGUGAUGAGCUUCAGACCAUCGCACCAGUUGCGCACGAUGGGCUCGAUGCUAUUCCAUGGCUGUCGACUCCACCUGACCUUGGCCCUUCAUUGCAGCCACUAGCAUUCCAUGCCCAUCUUUUGGACCAAAAUGGGGGUCCUCUUUCACAAGAAUCUGUCGGAGCCACUAGCACCCUGCCACAGAUGGCAGAUCCUGCCAUCUGCAGACUGUUUCGAGAUCCAUGGCCCUCCGACUCUGUCAGCCAGGGGCUCGAUACACAGCCAUUUCAGACAUUCGUACCUCAGAAUGGUACGAGUUCUGAGGGGCAGACGUUAUCGUUAUUUGGCCCGUCAGCCAGACGCCACCGACAGCUGUGUCUCCCCGUUGUACAGGACGGUGAAGACAAAGUGAAGUGCACAUGGUCUGGAUGUUGGAGUGUAAUCAAAAAGGAUAAUUACGCUCGCCAUGUGAACGAGAUACAUCUGCGACAGUUUAGGGCUCUCUGCACUAGCUGCGGAAAGGCGUUCCAGCGAUCGUAUAUGAAGAAGAAUCAUAUAUGUCCUGGUCGACUAACCAAACAUAGAAGUUCCCAGACGAUGAAGUUUUCCAAAGGUGUUUAGACCAAUGUUGAUUAAGAAUUAUUUUUCUGCCUACAGCCUCUCAUAGAAAUGUAUUUGCUGAGGUUGUCAACAAACUCCUCUCGUGUUCGCGUGGACUGAUCGGACUAUGCCACGUUCAGAUAUGCACAACACAAGGGAGCUGAGGUUCCGCCGUUUGCGUUCGUUCUAUCAGGGGAGAAAUAUUAAUUCAUGAAAUAGGUAUCCACAACUAGCCUUGGGCUU